AUGGGUUACAAUGGAUUCGGUUUGGAGUUAUGUCAACCUCCUCCUCCUAAGAAGUCGUUUGGUGAAAUGACACCAGAAGAACAAGGUGAUAAAGGUGCAGAGAUGAUGAUCAAUUUCAUGAGUUCAUGUCCUGGGAAAUUUCUGAUCAGUGGCGUAACAGGUUUUGCGCUGGGUGGUGUAUUUGGUUUGUUUAUGGCGUCGAUGGCUUACGAUACGCCUUUACAUACACCAAUGCCAAGUGAUGUUACCGGGAAAGGUAAGGGUUUACUCCCCACCAAUGUAAAGAACAUUGCAGAUUUACCAUUUAAACAGCAGAUAAAAUUACAAUUCGCUGACAUGGGUAAGAGAUCAUACUCGAGUGCCAAGAAUUUUGGUUACAUGGGUAUGAUAUACUCAGGUGCUGAGUGCGUUGUCGAGUCCCUGAGAGCUAAAAAUGAUAUCUACAAUGGUGUUGCGGCAGGCUGUAUUACUGGUGGCGGGCUUGCUUUCAAGAGUGGUCCCCAGGCUGCUCUUAUUGGAUGCGCUGGUUUCGCUGCCUUUUCAACAGCAAUUGAUUUAUAUAUGAGGAGUGAAGAUGGAAGACCUCCUAAAAACGAUUUUGAUGAGUGA